CACUCCCAUUGCGCCACAACCACAUGAAUCAUCAUCGAUUUCUGCCCUUAUCUCACUACAAAGUGUGACCUUAUCUGAUAGGGAGUGAUAAGGUUAAAUCGGGCAGAAAAGUCAUUCCAUCAGGGAGGCUCUUUAGUGGUAAUUUACUGCGAAAUUAGUGCCAUUUGGCGGGUAAUUUAACUUUGGAGCGCAAAGUUGGUUCACUUCGGGACGGUGUUCGUUUGUAAAUCGCGUGGGUUUCGCAUAGCCGAGCUGUCAGGGAGGUGUUAGGAGAAAAUUAGGCUGUCAGGGCGAGAGGUUAGUUUUUCACAGUAGACAAAUCAUCUGUGUGGCCACUUUUCCCAAGCAUUUUCGGGGCGGAAUCCCUUACAUUUCGUGGGAAUUGAUUGGGUUUACAAGUACACAGUGCAAGUGAAACGUGUGCGUGAGUCACGAUGCAGGCUAUAAAGUGCGUUGUGGUGGGCGAUGGGGCCGUGGGGAAGACAUGUCUCCUCAUCAGUUACACCACAAAUGCCUUCCCUGGCGAAUAUAUACCCACCGUAUUCGAUAAUUAUUCAGCAAAUGUCAUGGUGGAUGGGAAACCCAUCAAUCUGGGAUUGUGGGAUACAGCUGGGCAGGAGGACUACGAUCGUCUUCGGCCACUCUCAUACCCCCAGACAGAUGUCUUCCUCAUUUGCUUUUCCCUCGUCAAUCCGGCAUCCUUUGAGAAUGUACGCGCCAAGUGGUUCCCUGAAGUGCGUCAUCACUGCCCAAGUACACCCAUCAUCCUUGUGGGUACAAAGUUGGACCUCCGCGAUGAUCGUCAGACAGUCGAGAAGCUUCGGGACAAAAAGUUGGCUCCCAUCACGUAUCCACAGGGCUUAGCAAUGGCCAAGGAGAUUGGCUCUGUGAAGUACUUGGAGUGCUCCGCCCUCACCCAAAAGGGCCUAAAGACGGUCUUCGACGAAGCCAUCCGAGCCGUCCUCUGUCCAGUCCUCCAGGUCAAGUCCAAGCGGAAGUGUGUCCUCCUCUAAAGGGCUCACACCACCACAGAGCGAACAGCCGCCCCCAGUAAGCGACACAACACACACACACACAUUUCUAAUCAUCUCAAAAACUUAAUUGUAAUUAACCAAAUUAAUGGAUGAUACAUAAUCUGUCUUUUUAACCGUAUUUUCCACAGAAUGUAUUCAUUUUAUUUUUAAAAAGAUAAAAAAAGUAAGAAAAUCAUUAAUCCCCCGCGCGAAAUUCAAUGCAAUCGAUAGAGGCAAAAAAAAUCAUUGCAUCCCCCCAAUGUCUCUUAAGAAGUAAGAAUCAUGAUACAAUUUUAUAUUGAUAAAAAAAAAGUGGAAAGUAAAACCUUUUUUUAUCGCAAAGAUAAAAGGAAAAAAAGAUUAUUUUUAUUCAUGAAGUAUAAAAAACAAUAAAAGUGUAAUUGAUGUUGGACAAAUUGUAUCGAGGGAAAUGCAAAUUAUGUUGAAUGUUAUGACUAAUAAAUGAAAAUGAUAUUGAGAAUACACA